AUGAAUGUGUAUGUGACUUUUCUGGCUUCAGUUCCAAUGCUACCAAGCCUCCGGGCUUCAAUUAGUCGAAACUUGUCUGAGAUUGUUGAGCUACAUGACGAGCUUUUGGGAGACCUUCAUCGAGUUGUCCCUCACUCGGAGUACACACAGCCAGAUUAUAUAUCUAGUCUCCCACCCGAGAAGAAGGGGCAUCAUCGCUGGAGGAGUCUUGAUGCCGUUCCUGAGAAUUCUGGUGACCUUUCGUGGGUGCAGAAAAUCCCUGGGAUGACAGCAGAAGCCCAAGUCGCUGCUGACGUGGCGAAAGUAUUCGGCAAGAGGAUGCACCUCUUUUUUGCGUAUGAGGAAUACGGAGCGAAGUAUGAGAUGAUGGUUAAGAAUGUAGCAUCGGCAUACAAGACAUUACCGCAGUGGGAGGAAUAUCAGAAAGGUCUGGAGGCCUUGGCGGCUUCUCUGGAGUCAACCAAUAUCCAAAACGGCCAACCUAACAAAUCGUUAACUGUAGGUGAUUUACUGGUGAAGCCUAUACAACGUGUUUGCCGCUACCCACUCCUUUUUGUUGAGCUGCUUAGACAGACGCCCGUCUGUGAUUGCCCAGAGUCGCACAUGGAGAUUGAAAAGGUUCUCGUGAGACUACGAGAAAUGACAUCGGAGAUCAAUAAAGCAACAGAGGACCCCCUCAUGAAGGCAACAAUGGAAAAGACAUGGCUUCUCCAGGACAGACUUCUAAUUCCUGAUCAGGUUGAUCCUCAAUCCAAAACUUUGAUUAGAUCCCUGGGGCAUGUACAUCUAUGUGGUGUUCUCCAUGUUGCGUGGCAAACAAAAAAUGGAGUAGAUGGUCAACAUAUGAUAACUUUAUUAUAUCGAGAUUGCCUGGUUCUUGCCACCGUUGAAAAAUUGGAGGGCGUCUACAAUGUGGGUGCAAUUAUAUUUUUCAACGAUAUCCGAAUCGAGGAAGCAGACAAUGGGAAAGGCAUUCAAUGCCAUACAGCACCAUAUUCUUGGAAAAUAGUGUUCGAGUGUGAUCAUCAGCUCUCUGAGAUUAUCUUUAGCGCGUGUUCGUCGAAAGAAGAACUAGAAUGGAGGAAUCGCCUCAACAUUUGUACAAGCCGAGACCAUACCGACAGUUGCGACCAGGCCUUUAUGACCACAGUAUCACUAGGAAUCAAGUCGCUAGGGACUGUCUUUGGAAAACCAGGCACUGUUGCAAGGAGGCUUUCAAUUCGAAGAGCCACGACAGUUGGACCGAAAUCACCUCUGUGCCAAGUCAUUAUCAAGAAUACAAGCGCUACAAAAGACACGGCGGCCCCGUCAACAAAUGCAGCAGUCAAUAGAUCACAAUCACUACUGGGGACAAGCCGCAUCCCAGUUCUUGCCCCUUCAAGAGCUGAAAGGGUCAGAUUGGAGCGUUUACUUUCAGACGUGUGGACAAAGCAAAUUCUACCCUAUCCGGGAAUGUCUGGACGGGCCCGGAGUGAGCAUGUUGUGCGCUCCUCGGCGAGCUCCAUGAUGAGAAAACUAAGCGUAGUAGGCAUCACAAGUAAUUUCGCCAAACUCUCAGGAAGCGCUGUUAGUCCACAGCAUCCCCCUGGCUCACCCGGCGAGGACAAUAGCGACAGCAAAUUUGCUAUUUCAGACAAAUGCCCCGGCUCUCCUAUCCGGUCUAACGUCUUAGAAACGGCAGCAAACAAUAUCCAACCGACGACUUCCAUCCACGACUUGGACUUGCGCUUUGACUCUCUAUUUGAUAAAAAGAUGGCCACCUUGGCGGCGCCCCCUGUUACUGAGAGUAGUCCCAUCGGAACGAUGAAGCGCUUGGCGGCGUUGAGAGUGAAGAACGUCCUACAGCCAGACAAAAAUCGCUACGUUGCAUCACCACCAUCAACUCCUCGCAAAAUCAGCCUGGGCCGGAAGAUGAUGAGAAGUGUUUCCGGAGGCAGUGUUGGUGGUCACUCUGGCUCUCCUUUGAGCCAGAUUUCUCAAGAAAGUGAAAAUCAAACACUGGUAAAGCCAGUCUGAUGGAUGCAGCUAUGGGAUCGCUGCUUAGGUAUUUUAAAACGGUCUCUAUUGUAUACCGAGAUCUUCGAUUGGGGAUGGGAGGUAGGAGGGUACAUUCUUUGAACACAGCUAUACCUCCCCUCGCCGUCCAAGAGUUCUCUACAUUGUUCGGGGUUUCUGCAGACAUUUAUAGAACGUGGCUCAGUUAUGCAAAUACCCGUGUUAUACUCCACCAAUAGCAAUUAUCACACCAAAGACAUCUCGAAGAUGAUAGAAAGUAGA